AUGAUUUUCCCCUUCAAUGAUAACAUUUAUGCUGAAGAAUCUAACACAACCAAUACCUCAACACCUGAACCAACACCAAAUGACCAUUAUCCAAUUACCAAAUACGGAAUCAUUACAAUGUGUGGUUGUUUUGUUUUCGGAGUCAUCAUCACAAUUAUUGCAAUCAUUUGCUAUCACAAGAAACCAGAGCUCAAUGUAAUCAAUAAUGAUCCCUUGCUCCCAGAAAAUACAACCAAGAAUACAUAA